AUGUCACCACGACGUGGUAAGCCCCAGAGAGGGGGCCAUAGGCAGGGGGGGGGAAUGUUAAUUAAACAAGUUUUGGAUACUAGAAGUAGGUCAAAAGCCAAGAAGAAAACUACAAAGGCCACCGAAGUCAUUAAAAAGAUUCUCACAAUUCUCGGAGUAAGCAGAAGUCCCUUUAUUAGGCAAAAGAAGCAAAGAGCGCACUCAGUGCGAUUCGCCUGGGUCUCACAGGGUCAUCAGGAUGCUAAAGGCAGUUUAGUCAUGUCUAGAACAAUAGUUGACGAGCUUAUCGGGUUUGAACAAAAGAGGGAACGGAACGAAUAA